AUGACAGUUUCCUACAGUCUUGAGGUGGCCAAUGCCAGGUUUGCUGGCUUUUCCAGGCUCCUGUUCAGGUGGAAGGGAAGCAUCUACAGGCUGCUCUACAAGGAGUUACUGGUGUUUUGUAGUGUUUAUUUGUUUUUCAGUUUGUUUUACAGGUUUCUCCUCACACGGAGGCAGCAGGAUCUGUUUGAGCGUAUCGCCCUUUACUGUGAUCAGUUCACCAACACCAACUACAUCCCUGUUUUGUUUGUGCUUGGUUUCUAUGUGACCUUGGCCUUUAAUAGGUGGUGGGGUCAGUACACCAGCUUCCCACUGCCUGACAACCUGAUGAUGGUGGUGUCUGGGAACGUCCACGGGACUGAUGAGAAGGGCCGUCUGCUGAGACGAACCCUCAUGAGAUAUGCCAAUUUAUCUUCAGUCCUUAUUCUCCGCUCCAUUAGCACAAGAGUUCACAAGCGGUUCCCAACUUUGGACCACAUUGUGGAGGCUGGAUUUAUGACCUUGGAGGAGCUGAAAAAGUUUGAGUCACUGCACUCUGACUUCAACAAGUACUGGAUGCCUCUGACGUGGUUUUCAAACCUGGCGUCCAGAGCGAGAGAGGAGGGCCGAGUGAGGGACGACAUAGCUCUGAGGCUGCUGAUGGAUGAACUCAAUAACUACAGAGCAAAGUGCAGUCUGCUGUUCCACUACGACUGGAUAAGCAUCCCUCUGGUCUACACUCAGGUAGUAACUAUUGCAGUUUACUCAUUUUUUGGCUUCUGUGUGAUUGGCCGACAAUUCCUGAAUCCCGAGAAAGGUUACAAGGACCACAGACUGGACUUGUACGUCCCUGUUUUUACCCUGCUGCAGUUCUUCUUUUACACUGGCUGGCUCAAGGUGGGAGAGCUGAUCAUCAAUCCAUUUGGCGAAGAUGAUGAUGACUUUGAAACGAACCAGUUGAUUGACAGAAACUUUCAGGUGUCAAUGCUGGCUGUGGACGACAUGUACCAGAAUCUGGCUCCAAUGGUGAAGGACAAACACUGGAUGCAGAGACACUUCUCCAUCCCUUACACUCUGUCGACAGCAGCGGAGAGCCUCAGACCAGCAUUCAAAGGCUCCACUUAUGACAUGAGGAUGAGUGCUGAAGAUCUAGAGAUUCACCAGCCUGGAGGCACUCCUAUGAACAAACAGCAUUUGCACCUUCAGGGCUCUGUGAGUGAUGGGCUCAACAGCCUUCUGCAGUGGGGUAAAGGCAUCCUGCGCAGUGGGAGCCUCUCUUCUCUGAAGGAAGUCUCGUCAAACCCAAACGAGGCAGACGGGGAUGAUGAAAGGGAAAUAGAUGUGAUCACUCACAAAGAACAAGAAAGGGGACUAAUUAAAGUUUUAAUUGAACACAACUAA